CCGGCUUAUUCUAACCGGAGAGAUGCAGCAGCGGUGUGAACAGCUUUACUGAGAGAGAUAUGAAGAGUCAGUGUGAGAGCAGCCCGAGGAGAUGACCUGUGGAUAAAUAUUACUUCAUUCAUCCCUUUAACUGCGAGUUAUUAUUAUUUAUUUUAGUUUUAUACCUUGUUAGGGGUUUAUUUUCUAUUCUGAAGAAGAGCUGAGGAGUUUCAGCACUUGUCGAUUUAACGAGCAGGAGGAAGAAAACGGGCUCUGAUAACCUGCACAGCAUGGAGUCCGACAGAAAGCAUGUGACAGUGCAGCUGAUGGUGGCCGUUGGCACAGCAGUGAUUGGCUCUUUACAGUUCGGCUACAACACCGGUGUUAUCAAUGCGCCUCAGACGACUAUUGAAAGUUUCUACAACGAGACUUGGUUUAACCGCUAUUCCGAAUAUAUCCCUGAAAGCUCUCGCACUGCGCUCUGGGCUUUAUCGGUCUCCAUCUUCUCUGUGGGAGGCAUCUUUGGUUCCUUCUCAGUGGGGCUCUUCGUCAAUCGCCUGGGCAGGAGGAACUCAAUGCUCAUUGCUAAUGUUCUGGCCUUCAUAGCAGCUGGGUUAAUGGGCUUCUCCAAGCUGGCCGCAUCUUGGGAGAUGCUGAUCAUUGGUCGGCUGAUUGUGGGCCUUUACUCUGGCCUGUCUACAGGCUUUGUGCCGAUGUAUGUUGGUGAAAUUGCUCCGACGACUCUACGUGGGGCACUGGGAACGCUUCAUCAGUUGGGCAUUGUCAUAGGUAUCCUGAUGGCACAGGUCUUUGGCAUUGACUCUAUCAUGGGAAAUGCUACAAUGUGGCCUUUCCUUCUGGGCUUCACCUUCAUCCCUGCCUUGAUUCAGUGUGCCCUCCUGCCUUUCUGCCCAGAGAGCCCUCGCUUCCUGCUAAUCAAUCAGAACGAGGAGAACAAAGCCAAGACUGUUCUGAAAAAGCUGCGGGGCACAGACGAUGUGGGAGCAGACAUCCAGGAGAUGAAGGAGGAGAGCCGGCAGAUGAUGAGGGAAAAGAAGGUGACCAUCCCUGAGCUGUUCCGCUCCCCACUCUAUCGUCAGCCGCUCAUAAUCGCCAUCAUGCUGCAGCUCUCCCAGCAGUUCUCCGGCAUCAACGCUGUGUUUUAUUAUUCCACGAGCAUUUUCAAAAAAGCAGGAGUGACCUAUCCUGUGUAUGCUACCAUUGGUGCAGGGAUUGUGAACACAGUAUUUACUGUAGUAUCACUGUUUGUAGUGGAGAGAGCAGGUCGGAGAUCACUGCACCUUGUUGGGCUGAUGGGAAUGGCUGUGUCUGCUGUGGUCAUGACUGUUGCAAUGGCGCUAACUGAGAAAUAUCAAGGUCUUUCCUAUGUCAGCAUCGUGGCCAUCUUUAUUUUCGUGGCAUUCUUUGAGAUUGGACCAGGUCCUAUUCCAUGGUUCAUCGUAGCUGAGCUCUUCAGUCAAGGCCCACGACCCUCUGCUUUUGCCGUGGCUGGAUUCUCCAACUGGACUGCUAACUUUAUAGUGGGAAUGUGCUUCCAGUAUGUAGAGCAACUGACAGGCCCGUACGUCUUCAUCAUCUUCACCGUGCUGCUGCUCAUCUUCUUCGUCUUCACCUACUUCAAGGUGCCUGAGACCAAGGGCCGGACGUUUGAUGAAAUCUCGGCAGGCUUCCGACAGAACAGCGGCUCUGGAGCUGGGAAGUACACUCCGGAUGAGCUCAAUGCACUGGGGGCUGAUUCUCAGCUCUAAAACAGCUUCUGCAUAGUACUCCCACAGUAUUCUGAUAGACUGACCCAGUGGGUGUCCUCUGAGAUGAGAUGAGAUGACAUGACAUGAGAUGAAGUCUCAGAGAAAGAAGAUCCUGUAGAAUGUAGGGCGAGGGUAGGUGCAUUUAUCUCCAGCAGGGGGAGUUGUUCAGCCAAGUGGAAACGAUAGGAAGCCUGUGACUGCCUGACUGUGUGUAUAUAAAUAUUUUUUUUAACCACAUGUAUAUUUGAAAAGUAUUAUUAUGAUUCUUUUUCUGCUGAGAGAAGGAAGGGUGCCCCUCCAUUUGUCUUUUUGUAGUGAGAAUUUGGAAUUAGACAGUUCAUGAAUGCUGCACCCCCAUGUUUUCCACUUAGCAGUGGUUCUACCACUGAGCACUUUCCUCAGCACAUUCCCUACUGAAGAGGAGCACCUUUUUUAUCUUUUAUUUACCAUAGGUUUUUAUUACAAUUAUUGAAUAUGCUGUUUAAACCGUGUAUUAUACUGAUACUUGGCAACACAAGCAAAGCAGGGUUCAGUGGUGGGUUAUAAUGCCGAACAGGCUUUUAUUUUAAGGUAUGUGUAAUAGAUGUGUAAUAGAUGCAAAUACAGUUAUGCUUGAAAAUAUCCACUUUUAAACGUGACAUAUUUAUGCUCACAAACUUUCAAGCACCACUGAACAUCUUCAUUCUAGUUGUUGUUUAAAGGUCUCAUUCCGUCGUUUUUUUCAUUCAUUUUAAAAUGUCUGGUUGUGGUCUUUAGAAUGAAAAAAUUGCUCCGGUGAUCCAGUAUAACGCUGCUUUAGUUCGCUGCUUUAAGAGAAGUGGGGGGUGGGAGGUAGAGUCUCUGUAAAACACAAAAUCCACUGGAGAUCCUAUGUAAACCUAUGUAAACCAGACUCGUUUUUCUAAAUAUUUUCUUUUACUAGCUACUGCAGACAAUGGAGUUUGAGGAACAGUUUUGUGUGCAGCAUCCAUAUAAAACUCAGAGAGACCUAUAGUUUUUCACAAAGAACAAGAAAAAGUAGACCAGAAAAUUGAAGAAACAUUUUUUUCUGAAGAUCCUGUUACCUUGACUAGACCAAGCCCUUAUUGACCUACUUUUUAUAAAUAGUUAUAUUAUAAUUUAUUUAUACUUAUACAUUCAGAACCACUAUUAAUUUAUGUAAUUCGUCAUUUAAUUACAUUAUAACAAAACAUUUUACAUAUAUUUACAUUAAUAGUUUGCAAAGUUGCAAUGACAAUACGAUAUACUAUAUGGACAAAAGUAUUGGGACACCUGCUCAUUCAUUGUUUCUUCCAAAAUCAAUGAAGUUUGUGUAGAUUGUGGACCAGUGCUGUGAGGAUUUGUAAGGUUGUUGGCUGUUGGAUGGCCAACAUUCCACCUUAUGCCUAAAUAACCAUCAAAAUGAAAGAAAACACAGUUCCUCUACUCCUAAGCUCAAUGCUGGGAGCUUUUAGACCCCUCAGCUUUACACACCUGCCUCAAAGCUGCUCUAAACUCCAGCCCAAAAGCUUAAUGUGGUCCAUACUAGAAUUUGUAAGGUUAAAACAGCUGAAUGCAUUUACCAGAAGGGAUUUUCACAAACAUGUGGGCAUAUACUGUAUCACUUUUUAUGUAUUGCAUAUCAUUAGGCAUUAUGAGCAUGUGUGAUAAGAUCCCAGCCAUGUGUUUGCUGAUGUGUAUAGUAUGUACAUAUUUUACAGUAUGUGUGUCCAUGUGUGAGUGUUUAUGUGUGUAUUGCAAAUACACUUACUGUAUGUAACACUUGUUUUCACACUCACAGCACAAUCACAUUAACGCGAUAGAUGUUAAAGAAACAAGGUCAAGGUCUUUAAAUACACAAACCAGUACAGUUCAAACAGUGGAUUAUAUAUUCUAUUCUUGUUUUAUUAAUACUGUAAGAAGUGGGAAAAAAUCUUUACAAAAAAAAAAAAAAACGUAUAAAGUAUAUUGAACAGUGUCUGAGGUGUAAGGUUGUACAAUGUGCCAAGAUAUGCCGCUCUCCUGACAGCUCAUUAUUUUUGUAACUUAUUCUUUGAUAAUCGAAAACAAGAAAGUCAAUAAAAGAAAAUGUACAACUUGA